ACCUGGUUUAGCUUGACUGCAGCUCUGACUUGAGGCGUGUGUUUGUUUUGUAGCGUAUCUGCGGAGUGGACGCCGGUGGGUCACACACACACACACACACACACACACACCGCCGGAGAGGAGCUGUCAGCGGAGCAGGUACAACUUCUCCGUCUACGGUCCCCGGUGAGGACCCAGCAGAGGGACACGGGAGCGGGGGACACACAAUUUACUUCGUAUUAAUGUCGGUUUAUCUGGCCGAGAGAAUUACCUGAUACGUUACGUUUGACCAUGACUUCGGUGUGGAAGCGACUCCAGAGGGUCGGGAAGAAAGCGGCCAAGUUCCAGUUUGCUGCUUCCUUUCAAGAACUUAUGAUAGAAUGUACAAAGAAAUGGCAGCCAGACAAGCUGAGAGUGGUGUGGAUCAGGAGGAACAGACGUCACAGCACAAAGCUCCACAGCUGGCAGCCAGGGAUCAAAAACCCCUACAGAGGCCUGGUGGUUUGGCAGGUUCCAGAGAGUUUAGACAUCACUGUCACACUCUUCAAGGAACCUACUGCAGAGGAGUUUGAAGACAAGGACUGGACUUUUGUCAUUGAAAAUGAGACGAAAGGCCGCAGGAAGGUGUUGGCAUCAGCUGAUGUCAAUAUGAAGAAGUUUGCCAGUGCCACAUCAGCCCAGUAUGAUAUAACUCUGAAGCUCAAACCGCUGUCUGUCAAAGUGGUGGAAGCCACGCUGAAACUGAACUUGUCUUGCAUCUUUCUCAAAGAGGGCAAAGCCACUGAUGAGGACAUGCAGAGUUUGGCCAGUCUUAUGAGUAUGAAACAGAGUGACAUUGGAAAUCUGGAUGACUUUAAUGACAGUGAUGAUGAAGUCAGUGAGGAGAGGAGGACCAGCUUUGGAACUGGACAAGCUGUUACUGAAUUCAAAAGACAGUUGAGCACACUGAGUGAAGAGGAUAACCAGUGUACAACAACUACAACCCCUGAUCACCGCCAGAGGCCAGAGCCGUCCAGAGCCUCAGAAAGUAAAAAAGAUGCACAUUUUGGAAUCAAGGUUGUCAAGGCAGCACGACAAAUGGAGAGAGGAGAAGAAUCUUCAGGUCAGCCUGUACCUGGGCUUUGUGGCAAGAAGCGUUUGAGUGGUUCUUACCUAGACGACACCAAGUCACAAGUUGCUGGCUUCCACCAAGCCAGUGAACCAACAACACCUCAGAAAAUACCUGCAGAUGGGGCUGCCUCUCCGGAAAGCCUUUUGGCCAGUCCCAUGUUGGUGACAUCCAGUCAGUCUCUACUGGAAUGGUGUCAGGAAGUCACACAGGGUCACAAGGGAGUGAAGAUCACCAACUUCAGCACCUCCUGGAGGAACGGCCUCGCUUUUUGUGCCAUCUUACAUCACUUCUACCCAGAAAAGAUUAAUUUUGAAAUGCUGGACCCGUAUGACAUCAAGCGCAACAACAAGAAGGCCUUUGAUGGCUUUGCCGAACUUGGCAUUUCCAGACUAAUGGAGCCUUCAGACAUGGUCAUGUUAGCAGUGCCUGACCGCCUCAUUGUCAUGACUUACCUCAACCAGAUCCGCACCCAUUUCACAGGCCAGCAGCUCAGUGUGCUUCACAUAGAGAAGGAUAGCAGCGAGUCCAGCUAUGCAGUAGCCAGGGACAGGGAGAGCCAAGAGGACCCCGAGGCAACUGUUCGCUACUGUGCCCAGAGGCUCCAGGAGGAGGGUAUAAGUCUUGAGACUAAUGGGACUGCUGGCACAGGAGAGAAGGACAGUAAAUCCAGUAAGGAUGUGGUUCCACCUCCCAGAAUCAAACGACAGCAGAUUGCUGGGGCAGGUGGGACUCAAUUACCAGUGGCACCACCAAGGACUCAUUUCCUGUCCAAGUCAGGUUUCUCUCAUGUUAAAGAUGCUGAUCUGGUCAAGAAGCGUAGGUCACAGCGGAGGAGUGGGUCGCUAGAUGAAACAGACAUAUCAGUGGUUGUUGCAGGGCAUGAGGACAAAGUUACCCGGAGGAAGUCAGAAACUGAGAGAACAGAGGCUGCGGUUGAGGAGGGAAAACCUGAAGGCCAGGACCCAAGCCAGUAUGUGCUGAAUCAGAUGGAAGCCCUGGAAGCAGAACAAAACCAUGUUGAUAACAGAGCAGGUGUGGUGGAGAGGAAGCUCAGACAACUACUGGAAACGGGCAGUGACAAGGUGGAGGAGGAGAGGUUGAUUCAGGAAUGGUUUAUGCUGGUCAACAAGAAGAAUGCUUUAAUCAGGAGGCAGGACCAUCUGCAGCUACUACUGGAGGAACAAGACUUGGAAAGAAGAUUUGAGCUGUUAAACAAAGAGCUGAGGGACAUCAUGGCACUUGAAGACUGGCAGAAGACUCAGGCCCAUAAACACAGAGAGCAGCUGCUGCUUCAGGAGCUGGUUUCACUGGUCAACCAGAGAGACGAACUGGUUCACAGCAUCGACGCCAAGGAGAGAGGAGCUCUGGAGGAGGAUGAGCGUCUUGAACGAGGCCUGGAGCAGCGGAGGAGGAAGUACGCCAAACAGCAGAAAGAGAAGUGUGUGAUGCAGUGAUUCAGUCAGCGUCCAGCCACGAAACACUGGGUCACCUGUCUAAGAGAAAGUGGGUCAAGACGAAACCAAGAAUGGGUGUUUGGUCCUGUUUCACCUGCUGUCAGAUUGACUGGUGUGGCUUUAAGUCAGCAGUAAGAAGACGUUUAGGCCAGGACCGUCAAACAAAGGAUCCAGGGAGGGCACUUCUAUGAAUUCUUCUGAGAACACACUGAACCAGUAUGAGGGGGCAGUACAUUUGAAUAUUCAGAUGGUCCAAAACCAGAGUGAGGCUCUGAGAAAUGUCCAUGUUAAAGCUAGUUUUAAAUAGUUUUGGUUUUCUUUCCCUUUUGAGUUUCUAAAAUGUGGCAUUAGGCUCCAUUUUAUGACCAAAGAUCAAGGUAACUGAAGUGGGCAGUAGAGUCAUUUCUACAAAUGCAACCCAUUUACCAUUCGCUACAGAAUGUUCAGCACCAAGGGAUUCUGACCCACUUAGCAGAAGAGGCAUCAGAGCCUCAGAGAGCCGUUGUACCUUUGGACUAUUUGCUUUGCAGUGUGUGUGCUGUGGUUUUCACUGACUGGUUACAGAAGGUGAUUGUGAAUGUAAGGUGUGUUUGAUUGACUGUGUUUGAGACUUGAAAACGUUUGGUACAGAUAUAUGAGCUGCCAGAACCAGGAGAGACCAGGUUUGACCAGUGUUUGUUCGCUAAGGCUGACAGCAGCGAUGACAUGUUUGGAUUGGACCUUCUGAUAACCAAAAUCUCGUGCCAGUACAAACCGAACGACAAAAUACACGUUGCUUUCUAAACCCACCCAUGUGAAUGUUUUUGGAUCUGUGGGCCCCCAUCAGCAGAAAGAAUUGUUUAUCAGUGCUUUCCAUAUAUGCCAAGAAAUUAUUCAUAUGUCCAUUUUUUCUGAUCUGGGUAAGGUUUGGUUAAGUUUAGGCUUAAGAAGCUACUUAAUUAGGGUUAGGGUUAAGAAAGGAAUGUGGUUCGGGUUAAAAAACAACUUAGAUAUGGUUAUAGAAUGAUUGUGGUCACAGUCAAAGCUAUAUGUUGUAGGUACAACAACAAAUACUGGUCCAGCCCUGGAGGAAACAACACUUUUUGAACCUUCCACAGUUGCCUUACUGUACGAUGUGCUAACUGCCCGAGUUUUGCGCAGGAUUUACUGAUCAUGGCACUUUCAUUGGAAUUGAAUUUUGGUCACGUCUUCCAGCGCUUGUGUUUGGCUAUGUUUGUUGUUUGCUUUAGUUUUUUCACAAAGCUAAAAAUAGGUCCAUUUGGAAAUGAAAACAUUGUAUCUCAUGUUUAUGGUUUUGGUUUUUGAGAUGAUGAAAUGUCAUAUCAAGUAGAGAAGCAGCCACACAGAUUGGAUUAGCUUUUUGGUCUGUAUUUUCACUGUCAUUUGUGUAGAAAAUAUUCAUACAGGACAGAAGCAUUUAGUGAAACAAAAUGAGGCAUGUACAUGUAGGAUUUAUUUUCUUUUGGUACAGAUUAGGAACAAUCUCCACUAAGGUUUAAGUAGCAUGUAAUUUAUUUUCCUGUUCAAAAAUAUGAAAUAUGAAAUAUUGUGUGAAGUUACAACUUUUACAUUAUGCAAAUGUAGUUUUUCUGAAAUAAUAGGUGAAGAUGUGAAUGUGAAUGUUUCUGCAUGAUGCAUGCAAAAGCCAAUAUCAUCAUUUGCUGAAAGUGAAUCUAUCUCUUCCAAGAAUUACAGGAUACUUCCUGCUUGUUUUUGCAAUGAAAAUAUCUGUGUUUUUACUUCAGUGCAAGGAUUUCCUGUAACAGUGAGCUGGGCCUGAGAGAUUUUGUUUUUUGUGUAAAAGUUUGCAGUUCUCAUGUUGCCAUAACUGCUUAUUAUAGCAACUCUGACCCACACUUGUGUAAAUUAGUUAAAGGCUAUCAAAUGGAUUGCUGUUAAAAAGCUUUUAUUUGUUUUUAUGUUACAUUUGCACUAUUUGUAAAGUUUGGAAAUUACAAAAGAUUUGAAUGCC